AUGGACGAGGAAGCCGAGCUGUUGCUAGGGCCGCCGAAGGGCCUCACGGAGACGCGCCGGGGAUGCCGCGCGACUGCGCUGGCGCUCAUCCUGGCGCUGGCAGUUCUGGCCUCUAGCGCGGCCCAUUUCAGCCACCCGCGCCUUGCGGUGGGGUUCUUGGCGCAGAAGUUUCAGCUGCUGGACGCUUGGGGCUUGAUGUCAGGCGCGGAGAAUGAGGACCCCUUCGCCUUCGGCUGCCCUAUGACUGUCUUCCAGCGCAUGGCUGCAGCCGCUCUGGUGGGCCGCAAGGCGGAAGGCGCAACCCGCACAUGGACGUGGGCCCUGAAGCUCGCCUGA